AUGGCAAGCACAGAUUGUAGAAAUCAAACGUCCAUUGCAGAUUUCAUCCUCCUGGGAUUUGGGCAUGUCCCUAAACUACAGAUUUUUCUCUUCCCCCUGUUUCUAAUGAUCUACAUUGUGACCAUGGCUGGGAACAUCCUCAUUGUUGCACUAGUUGUGGCUGAUCGACACCUUCACACCCCCAUGUACUUCUUCCUGGGGAACUUGUCCUGCUUGGAGACCUGCUACAGCUCCACCAUCCUGCCCAGGAUGUUGGCCAGUCUCCUGACUGGGGACAGAUCCAUUUCUGUUAGGGGCUGCAUGACACAAUUUUAUUGUUUUGCUAACCUCGCAGCUACAGAAUGCUAUCUGCUAGCAGCAAUGUCUUAUGAUCGGUAUUUAGCGAUAUGCAAUCCACUCCGUUAUGCCACUCUGGUGAAUGGCAGAGUUUGUUUCCAGCUAGUGGCUUGUUCCUGGACAAGCAGCUUUCUUGGCAGCACCAUAGUAAUCAUUUUAAUGUCUAAACUGAUAUUUUGCUGCUCCAAUGAAAUUGACCAUUUCUUUUGUGAUUUCUCCCCCAUCAUAAAACUCUCUUGUAGUGACACCCGGCUUCUAGAACUAACAGUUUUGACAGUGUCUUCCAUUGGGUCACUGAUCCCAUUUCUAUUAACCGUGGCAUCCUAUGUUUGUAUCAUCACCACCAUCCUAAGAAUCCCUUCCGCCACUGAGAGGCAAAAGGCAUUUUCCACCUGUUCCGCUCAUCUUGUCAUUGUCACAGUCUUUUAUGGGACUCUGAUUUUUGUCUACAUAGUUCCAAACACCCGCCCUUCAAAGGACUUACACAAGAUGUUCUCUGUCUUCUAUACAGUCCUGACCCCCAUGGUCAACCCCAUCAUCUACAGCCUGAGAAAUAAAGAGGUCAAAGAGGCCCUGAGAAAAGCUCUCAAUAAGGUUCUGGCUUUUGCAAGAUUUCAGACUGUAAAAUGUAAUGAGAUGGGGAUUAAGAGAUCUGGUGACCCACGGGAGUAG